AUGAGAGCUGCUUGGUCGGACGUCCCCGGGCCUAUGAUUGCCACUGGCCGCUGCUGCACUGUUGCCAUGGCUGCAGGGGCAGAGGGGGAGGAACAGGAAGGAGAGGAGGAGGGAAAAAAUAGAAGAGUGCACGUGCGCACCUGCCAGCUGGCUGAGCAUGGACGGCGUGCUGGCGCUGAUGUUGCCGGUGAUCAGGCGGAUGCGCUGACGUGGCAGGAUGGUGGUGUCGUUGUUGACGUCAGCAACUGCCAUGGUGAUUGCUGGACAGGCGGAAUGGGAGGACGAGGGGGAGAGGAUGGAGGGCAGGUGAAAGGGGAUCGGGUGAGCAACUGCCACGGUGAUUGCUGGACAGGCGGAACGGGCGGGCGAGUGGGAGGGGAUCAGGGGCAAGUGAGGGGAAAGGGGGAGAAGUCAGGCGAUGGGGGGUACGCGGGAGGGGAUGGGGGUUGA